UCUUCCGUGGCCUCCACAUAUAUUUUUAAAACGGUUGGCGGAUGAAGUAGAUGGGGAAUAACAGAGGCCGUAUUCUACUGUAUAACUUCAAACUGGAUCUCUUCUAAGGCAGUGAAGAAAUGGCUCCCUUCAAGUUUGUCAUUAAGUGUGGGAACUUUGCUGUAUUGGUGGAUCUCCAUGUUUUGCCCUUGGGGAGCCCAGAGUCCACCAGCUGGUUUACUACAGACAGAUUUGAGGAGGUUUCAUCUCUAGUUCGAGAUCCUGUCGACCAGAGGGUGAAGCAGUAUGCAGAGUUUCUGCCAAACAGAAGAGGGCCUAAGCAGAAGAAGGAAUUGCCACCUGCCUCAGCGUUUUUUCUGAAAGGGGAAAACUUCAACCUUGUGGCCAAUUUCUUCAGGCGGCACUCCAAUCUCAGAUGUGUUGUGGAGCAGGAUUUGCGUCUGUUUCCUGAGCGAUAUGUCGUGUGUGUGAGCUGCCCAGAAGAUGCCUCGGUGCACCAUGGAAACCCGAGCCUGGCCGCGCCUGAGCUGGGUGAGCAAACCAGAUCAGAAUAUUUUUCCAGUGUGGGAGAAAUCCGAGAGCUUUUACACAGCCCGAGAAAAACAAAGAAGUCUGUGCUUCAAAAGAUAGCCAAACAAGCCUGUGUCCAGCAAGAGAUCUGUGGUUCUAUGACUGAGAUGCAGCAGAUGGACCAGAGAGGCUUCCCCAAAAAGCAGAAACUGGAACAUAAAGCUAGGCAUUCAGACCCAAGACCAGAGGCCGUGCCCACGUCUGAGCCGAACGCACCCCUGGAGGCAAACCACAAGGUGCCUUGCAGCGAGGCCUUAAUUGAACUUGAGGCUGAGAUACGGUCUGCUCAAAAGCAAAAGCAUGAGUCAAGCCAUGAAAUAACACAGAAGAGCGGCAAGAGGUGCGAGCCCAGUGAUGCUGGGGAAGAUCCUGGCUUACAACUGGCCAAGAAAACGUGCCUUGGAAGCCCUUCAGCCCCAGUGCAAAUCCGCUCUACCUCGCAAACAUCCAACCAAAACCUCCCUCCUCCGCUGCCACUUCCUACAGUCGUAGUGAUGGCAGAGUCCAAGGCUUUCCCUGUCUCCGAGUGCAAGAAAACCACACUGGAAGUAGAGCUGCUUACUCCAGGGAAACAGGCCCAGAGGCUCCUCCUUACAAGCAAUAACACAGCAAAGACAAACCAAAACAGGCCAGCCGCAAGUCUGAGGGGCCUAUCUGUCAAGCCCGCAUCCUCGGGCUCCUCUAUUGGUUCCAGAUCUGCACUCAGUGUGGAGGGGAGUGAAAACGUGCCCAGAACCUCCAGAUUACGACGAACGAAGAGGUCCUGAGAGGGAAAGGAAAGCUGAAGGAAAGAUCCCUGACGCCACGGUGUUGGAGAUUUUAUUCUGUCAGGCUGCAUGCUUGCAGCUCAUGUGGUCUCUAGAAAACUUUACUUGUUCUUUUUAACACAUUAUUCUUGUGACUUAAAUCAAAUGUUAACCACUUUUUGUCAAUUUAAACUAAAUUAUUGGAGUUUUCUCUUGACAAAUACUUAAAACAGGCCUGUUUUAAGUAUAGAGUACGGAGUUCUGCAAAUGAAGUAAAAAAAAAAACCUUUAUAGGGGAAUAGAUUUGGUUUUGUGUUAAAGCUCAGGGGUUUGAGACAGUCAGGAGCCGUGCAGUACGUCAUGGCUUUCAGUCUGAAAUGCUGGCUCCUACGGGUCUGAAAAGGGUCCAGUAUCCCCGCUGAAGCUCUGAUGUGAUUGAUGGCAGUUUCCAGACUUAUUUCAUCACCCUAUUCUUAUUUUAUUUUUUCAGACAUUUGUCAUGUAAAUUUUAUUGAAUACAUAUUUCCUAAUCCAUCGAAUGCAGAGUAUAGCAAAAGUUUUUACACCCCUUGAGCUUUCCCACAUUUUUUAAAGUUUCAUCCAUAAACUUUAAUGGAUUUUGUUGAGAUUUUAAGAAAAACACAGAGUAGGACUCAACUGAGAGGGCAGAAAGGAGGAGUUUUUUGUAUUUUAUUUUUUUUUAUUUUAUUCUUUUCCAGAAAUAAAAUUUGAAAAGCUUUGUGUUUGUAUAUAGCCCCUUUUAUUCCGAUGGCCCCAAAUAAAAAAACUCAGACACGUUCAGAAGUUUAAGGCUUAGUUUACAUCCUGUUGUUAAAGCUGAUCGUUGCAAUGUGAUUAACAGCUUUGCAAACUUUCUGGCAGAAAGCUUUGUUCAGUCAGACUAAGCAGAAACCAUCUUUAUUCUGACUGGUCCAUUCUAUUGUACAAAUAAGCUUCAAUUAAAACAUUUUUCCUCAACAACUCUGAAUUGGUUUCAUUGAAAGCUUCGCCACAGCAUGAUGCCAUCGCUGUUUCACAGUGUGGUGGUCGCUUUAGAGUGGCCAUUCCGAGCUAUGGAUCCCUGCAGCUCCUCCAGAGCUACUCUCAGCACACUGGCCGUUUCUCUGAUAGGCCUUCUCCUUUCCCACGGUUUUUCGUUUCGUUUGUCCGUGCUGCGGUUUUCUUACUAAUGUCAUCUAACAAACCUCGGAGAUCUUCAAAGAACAACUUAUUUACUUAUGCGACUCAGGCUGGAGUUAAUUAGAGGGGGCAAAGAACAAAUGGAUUCCUCACUUGCAGAUUAUUUGUAAGAGUUAUGAAAACCAUGCAUCCUUUGUGAUCAUGCCUAGUUUGUGAAAUACAGGGAUUAGUAUCAAUGACAGAAGUAAUGAAUUUAACAGUUGUGAAAAUGAAAAACAAUUUCAAUGAAGCACCGUGGUUUUUAUCAUAGAUUCCUAUUAAAUAUGAGCAACUGCUUCAGCAGCAGUGGUUAUUUGAAGAGCUGAGUCUCACAUAUAACUGAUUAAAGUAUUAAUCCAUCUCUUAUGUCAAUGAGUUUGUAGCUUCCAACGAAAGAAAACUCUUGGAAUGAUGCAAAAAAAAAAAAAACUGAAUAAUUUGGAUUUCAUUUUUAUAAUCUUUCAAACACAGAGCAGAUUGGCUAAUGCUUAUGGCAGCUUUACAGGGAGGUCUGGCCAACAGCGGUAUUUGAAGCUGUAACUAGAGACGACUCGUCAUCAGAAGCCAGUUCUGUUCUCCUGGAGACGGAUUAGAUCAGCCGGGUCCUAAUGUUUUAGGGUCAUCCUAGGGAGGUGUUGCUAAUCCCUGGUCUCUGUUUUAAUCCUGUCAAACAUAUUCCCAAGAGAUUCUCCUUAAACUCUGAUCCCUGCGCGUCUGUCCGGUUUUUAAAGAAAGUCCGCAGCUUUGGGCCGGACUAACAAGGGGAAACAUUGUGAGAGGAUCAUGGGGUGUGGAGGUAUUUCUGACCUGAUGCGAGGAUGGCCGGCUACAACACAAUUAGCUGUAAACAUAUUUGGACAGGGACCAGGAUGGGAGCCUAUGAAGUGUUUCCAGCCUGGGUUCCCACGCCAGCUGCAUG